AUGUUCACUCGUCUCCUAUCGUCUAUCACCAAUUCCUAUAUUGUGUCCUUCCUUCGUGACCUAUUAAGUGGUUAUGUAGAGAAUGUCGAUAGUAAACAGUUGAAGGCAUCAUUGGCUAAGGGAGAGCCGCCACACCUGUUCGCUAAGUGUUUGAGGAUGUUCACUCGUCUCCUAUCGUCUAUCACCAAUUCCUAUAUUGUCUCCUUCCUUCGUGACCUAUUAAGUGGUUAUGUAGAGAAUGUCGAUAGUAAACAGUUGAAGGCAUCAUUGGCUAAGGGAGAGGUAUCGUUGUUCGACUUGAAAUUAAAAGAAGAUAUAUUCGACUUCCUUUCGUUGCCUAUUACUGUGGCUAUAGGUUAUGUUCGAGUACUGGGAAUCUCAAUACCGUGGAGAUCUCUCGCGAGCAAGCCUACCGUAGUGACUAUCGAGGACGUUAUCAUUGUACUUAAAACAGAGUCGGCCGCUGAAUGGGAUGAACAGAAGGAGAUUCAAUUAAAGGAAGAAUAUAAAAGGAAGUCGCUUGAAGUUCACGAUUUCAUUAACCUUUCGCAGCAACACGACAAGCCCAAGUCCCUUAUGUGGAGGAUAUCAGCGAGUUUAUUGGCGAGCUUAGAGGUGAAAAUAAAGAAUGUCCAUCUUGUUUUGGAGGAUACUCACAGUUGUGGAAUUAGCAGGAAAGUCGUCUUUGGAGCGCAGGUGAAGCAUGCAAGUUUAUCGUCAUCUCGUACCAACUUUUCGUCACAUCCGACCGUCGCUGGCAAACAAAACGUGUCUUGUAAAGUUGCUGAAGUACAGCAGUUUGGCAUAUAUUUGGACUCCUACCCUAUAGAGCCUAAGUCAUCACCGUUUCCGGUGUCACCGGAUGAGCACCACAAGAAGGCUUUUGAAUAUUUACAGCGUGUGAUUCGAUACGAAUCUUAUUUACUCCAACCUGUUGAUGGCGAACUACGUAUUAUUACUACUAAGGUGCCUGUGAGGGUUGGACUAAAUGAGUGUUAUUCACCCCAUGAUGAAGAUUGGAUUCCCAGUGGAAUGGGAAAUAAUCAAUCUAAUGACCCGGGCGUGUCUACCGUACUUCCUGCAAUUUACGUCGGUUUCAAGUUCCCCGAGGCUGAGUUUCGAUUUGCCUAUGAUCAACUGAUGGACCUGUCUGAGAUUAUUCACUAUCAUAUAUAUAUUUACGGUAAUUUUUAUUAUGCGAUUUACUAUCGUGAUAAAGACCUGCAUGGGUCGGCUGAUGAGGAAAAGGAGUAUGCAGUAGCGUGGACCACUAAGAUUGGUAUAUUGGCAGAUUCGAAUGGCAGUGGAAAUAGCUAUGCAGUAGUCUCAGUGAAAUAUGAUUUCCACUAG